AUGAAAAUAUUACUUCUUUUAGGUUAUCCGACACUAGACGAUUUGACAGCAUUAAGUAUAGCAGCUGGAAAAAAACAUAAAUCUAUCACAGAAAUAUUAGCUAGAUGUUCCGAAGUCGAUGUGAAUAAAGCAUCGUUAUCAGGUAUUACACCAUUAUUGAUGGUUGCUGAAGUGGGUUGGCCCGAUAUACUUGAUAUUCUAUUACAGCGUGGUGCUAGUGUUGAUCCAACACCCUCUGGUAAAUUUGCUGAAGAUCAUAAAAUAGCUGGUUCAACACCAUUGAUUGGUGCAACUAAAUAUAAUCAUUCGGAAUGUAUUAAACUUUUAUUAGCACAUUAUGCUAAUCCAAAUCAUCAAAAUCAUUUGGGUAUAUCAGCAUUAAUGCUUGCAGCUGAAAAAGGUUAUUUUGAAUGUGUUAAAUUACUUGUACAAGCUGGAGCUGAUCUAGAAUUAGCACCAAGUCGUCCAUUAGGAUUAACAAUAAAUUUAUGUGGUCGAACACCAUUAUUUUGUGCAGCAAAAGAAGGUCGAACAGAUAUAGUUAAAUAUUUAUUAGAUCGUGGAGCUAAUGCAUGUGUUCAAAAUCAUUAUGGUGUUAGCGCUUUAUGGAUUUCAUCACGGAAAGGCAUGCUACAAGUUGUUGAAUUAUUAUUAAAUGCCGGUGCUGAAACACAUGUUGCUCCAUUUGGUAAUCAAGCUGAUAAAUUAAAUAUAACUGGUUGGACACCACUUUAUGCAGCAAUGAAAUCACGAAAAUUUGACGUUGUUAAAUUACUUCUUAAACAUGGUGCUGAUCCAAAUGCAACAACAAAAUUUGGUUCAACACCAUUUUUACUUGCAUCUGAAAUAGGUGAUUUAGAUGUAAUUGAAGCAUGUGUUGAAGCUGGUGCUGAUCUUAAUUUUGUGCCAAGUGGUCCAGAUGCUGAUAAUUUAGAUAUAACUGGUCAGACAGCGUUAUUUAUGGCUACAUUAAAAGAUCGUAUUGAUGUUGCAAAAUUUUUAAUUGGAAAAGGAGCACAAGUAAAUGUACAAAAUCGUUAUGGCAUAUCACCAUUACUUCUUUGUGCUGAAUCAGGUAAUCGAGAACUUGUUCAAACACUUAUUGAAGCUGGUGCUUAUGCUAAUAUUACACCACAAGGAGAUUUAGUUGAAAAAAAUUUCCUUGCUGGACAGACGCCUCUUUUUGGUGCAGCUAAAAAGGGUCAUGUAGAAAUUUGUGAAUAUCUUAUUCAAAAUGGUGCUGAUGUUAAUGCUGUAACGAUGACUGGUGCCACCCCACUAUAUACAGCAACUGAAGAAGGUCAUUUAGAUGUCGUAAUGUUAUUAUUACGUUAUGGCGCUGAUGUGAAUCAAUCACCAAAAGGACAAGUUGCACAUGAUCUUCAAAUUGAAAAUCAAACACCUUUAUUAAUAGCAUGUAUGAAAAAUCAUGAAGAAAUCAUUCGAUAUUUAAUUGAGUCUGGUGCGCAUGUAAAUGAAGUAUCUGAACGUGGUUCAUCACCAUUUCUUACUAUUUGUCAGCAUAAUAACGUUGAAUUAGCACGAUUAUUUAUUCGACAUGGUGUACGACAUGAUGUUGAAGGAAAAAAUUUAUAUGGCGGAAGAAUUAAUGGUUUGAUUAUUGCUGCUGAAUCAGGUUCAUUUGAUAUUGUACGUUUAUUAGUUGAAGCAGGCUUAAAUGUUAAUUAUCAGAUCGAAGGAACAGGUGAAACCGCUGGUCGUACACCUUUAUUUUGUGCAUGUGCGAAAGGCUUUCAAGAUAUAGUGAAGUAUUUAAUUGAGCAAGGAGCUGAUGUUAAUGGAACAGAAAAGAGUGGACUCUCAUGUUUACACAUUGCCGCAACUAUGGAUCAUGCUGAUACAGUUCGAAUCUUAUGUGAACAUGGUGUAAAUCUGGAUCAACAAUUUCAUUUCGAAGGACAAGAUGUAACUGCAUAUGAUCUAGCUGAAUCUCAGCAGUAUAAUGAUGUAUGUCAAGUACUCAAAAAUUUUAAUGCAAGACAACGACCUGAGAGUACAUUAUCACGUGAUCUAGAAAUUAAUGAAUAA